UAUUUUCUUGCAGUCAAAAUUAAUUCAGUAUGCACACAAUGUCUUUGCCAUGGGCCCAAGUUCAGUUGACUUGACUUAAGGCCAUUAACUCUGAAACUUGACAGUAAGCAGUAGAUACAAGCUGGUAUUUUACAUGGAGUUUAUUUGGUUCAAUAAUCUGUUUUGUGUAUGGGCCAUUCUAUGCAUUUGUUUCUCUGUUGGAAGUUCCCAUACAAAGAAGUGCAAGGAGGCAGAGAGGCAAUCUCUUCUCAAGUUGAAAGGUGGUUUCGUUAAUGGAAGGAAACUUCUUUCCUCAUGGAAAGGUGAAGAUUGUUGCAAGUGGAAAGGAAUUUCAUGUGACAAUUUAACUGGCCAUGUAACCAGUUUGGAUCUUGAAGCAUUAUAUUAUGAUAUUGACCAUCCGCUGCAAGGUAAGUUAGAUUCUUCAAUAUGUGAACUGCAACAUCUGACUUCCUUAAAUCUCAGUCAGAAUAGAUUAGAAGGAAAGAUCCCUAAGUGCCUUGGCUCACUUGGCCAGCUGAUAGAGCUGAAUCUUGCAUUUAACUAUCUUGUUGGUGUUGUUCCUCCCACUCUGGGGAACCUUUCCAAUUUGCAAACUCUUUGGAUUCAAGGAAACUAUUUGGUUGCAAAUGAUCUUGAGUGGGUUUCUCACCUUUCUAAUUUGAGAUACCUUGAUCUGUCAUCUUUGAAUCUUAGUCAAGUUGUUGACUGGCUACCAUCAAUAAGCAAAAUAGUUCCUUCUCUGUCGCAGCUUUCGUUAUCUGACUGUGGACUAACCCAAGUAAAUCCUGAAUCUACCCCCCUCUUGAACUCUUCCACUUCUCUCAAGAAGAUUGAUCUUAGAGAUAAUUAUUUAAACUCUUUCACCCUGUCAUUGAUGCUUAAUGUUGGAAAAUUCCUCACACAUCUUGAUCUCAGGUCUAAUGAAAUUGAAGGUAGCUUACCAAAAUCCUUUCUGAGUUUAUGUCACCUAAAAGUGUUACAGCUUUUUUCCAACAAAUUGUCUGGCCAACUUAGUGACAGCAUACAACAAUUGCAAUGCUCACAAAAUGUUUUAGAGAAGUUGGAGCUCGAUGAUAACCCAUUUAGUAGUGGGCCACUCCCCGAUUUUUCAGGGUUUUCAUCAUUGACCUCAUUACUUCUUCGAAACACCAAUAUCAUUGGGCCUGUGACACAAUCAUUUGGCCAUUUGCCUCAUCUUCUAGUUUUGUAUCUUUCCCAUAAUCGAUUGAGUGGUGUGGAUAACAUUAAUAAAACACAACUGCCAAACCUCUUAAAUCUAGGUCUUAGUUUUAAUGAAUUGAGUGGAUCAUUGCCACUUUUUGAGGUUGCUAAACUUACCUCGUUAGAGUUUUUGGAUCUCUCGCAUAAUCAGUUGAACGGGUCACUUCCAUAUACUAUUGGUCAGCUCUCCCAUCUCUGGUAUUUGGAUCUCUCUUCAAAUAAGUUGAACGGUGUCAUCAAUGAAACACAUCUAUUGAACCUAUAUGGAUUGAAAGAUUUGAGAAUGUAUCAGAACUCACUUUCGUUCAACUUGAGUUCAAAUUGGGUUCCACCUUUCCAUCUGAAAAGGUUAUAUGCAUCAUCAUGCAUUUUGGGUCCUAAGUUUCCAACAUGGCUCAAAAAUCUAAAAGGACUUGCAGCAUUGGACAUCUCUAAUAGUGGCCUUUCAGAUUCCAUUCCGGAGUGGUUUUUGGACCUGUUUCCAGGUUUAGAAUACGUCAAUGUUUCACAUAACCAGCUUAGUGGACCUAUGCCAAGAUCAUUACGAAACUUGAAUGUAUCAACACCCAUGAAUUUGAGUAUAUUUGACUUCAGUUUCAACAACUUAUCCGGUCCAUUGCCUCCAUUUCCACAAUUAGAACACUUAUUUCUCUCAAAUAAUAAGUUUUCAGGGCCUCUUUCAUCUUUUUGUGCAUCCUCACCAAUACCAUUAGGAUUAACUUAUCUAGACCUGUCUAGUAACUUACUAGAAGGACCACUUUUGGAUUGUUGGGGAAAAUUCAAGAAUUUAAAAUUUCUGAAUUUGGCCAAAAACAAAUUAUCAGGGAGAGUACCCAAGUCAUUUGGCACUCUACGACAAAUGGUGUCAAUGCAUUUAAACAACAACAACUUCUCCGGUGAAAUUCCAUUUAUGACCUUGUCUAGCAGCUUGACUGUCUUGGAUUUGGGUGAUAACAAUCUCCAAGGAACAUUGCCAGCGUGGGUAGGACGUCACCUGCAUCAGUUGAUUGUUUUGAGUUUACGAGAAAAUAAAUUCCAAGGAAAUAUACCUGAAAGUCUGUGUAAUCUAUCAUUCCUUCAAGUUUUAGAUCUUUCUCUAAACAAUUUUACAGGGGAAAUACCACAGUGCUUCAGUCACAUAACUGCUUUAUCAAAUACUCAAUUUCCAAGAAUACUCAUUUCCCAUGUAACUGGAGAUUUACUUGGUUAUAUGAUGGAUGGUUGGUUCUAUGACGAGGCAACACUGUCAUGGAAAGGGAAAAAUUGGGAAUAUGGAAAAAAUCUUGGACUCAUGACUAUCAUUGAUCUUUCUUGCAACCACUUGACAGGUAAAAUACCACAAAGUAUAACAAAACUUGUGGCAUUAGCUGGCUUAAAUCUUUCAAGGAAUAAUCUCUCUGGAUCCAUUCCCAACAACAUUGGUCAUAUGGAAUGGUUGGAAUCACUUGACUUAUCAAGAAACCAUCUCUCUGGUAGAAUGCCCGCAAGCUUUUCAAAUUUGAGUUUUCUUAGCGACAUGAACUUGUCCUUUAACAAUUUAUCAGGGAAAAUUACAACAGGAACUCAACUACAAUCCUUUAAGCCCUCGUCAUAUAUUGGGAACACUCUACUUUGUGGCCAACCUCUCACAAAUCAUUGUCAAGGGGAUGUGAUGUCACCAACUGGAAGUCCUGACAAACAUGUUACUGAUGAAGAUGAAGAUAAGUUCAUAACCUAUGGGUUUUACAUCAGCCUAGUGCUUGGGUUUAUUGUUGGAUUUUGGGGAGUCUGUGGAACCUUAGUUAUAAAAGCUUCUUGGAGACAUGCCUAUUUCCAAUUCUUCAACAACAUGAAUGACUGGAUGUACGUGACAAUAAUGGUUUUUAUAGGCAGAAUGAAAAGGAGAUUCUAAGUCCAAGCCUAACAGGUCACGCUUCAAUGUGAGGUAGUGAUACGCUGGAAGAUAGUUGUGCCGUGGACGAACCACUGUCUUGAAAGCAAAAAUUCCGACAGACCUCCUAUGCAAUUCAUUGCCGGGUUUGCUCCCUAAGGUUAACACAGCUGCAUGUAAGACAUUGUGCACUCAGAAUUUACACAUGUUGCAAUUUCUACAACAGUGCUCAGAAUUUACAAAAAAGAUGAGAAUAUUAGUUUCUUUUCUCUCA